CUCAGCAGAACCAGUCACCAGACCUUGCCCCUUCCACCACGGAAAUUGAGCAAGGCAGCCCCUGUGCUCGAACCUCAAUCAUGUGGAUCGCCAUAGCUUUGAUUUGUCUCGCUUUAGUCAUAUUUCUUCUGAAAUACGUCUUUAGCCCCACGGGUCCCAACCCCUUUGAUGUAGACACGCGUGAACCUGUGAGACCGAUCGUUUUCGACAAGAAGGAGAAAAAGAAAGUUCUGAAGCAAGGUUUUCUGACUAGUAAAGUACCAGCCAAUCUAGAUGUCAUCAUCGUGGGCAGCGGGAUCGGUGGACUCGGGCUGGGUGUGCUGCUCGCCAAAGUGGGGAAGAAGGUGCUGGUUCUGGAGCAGCACGACCGGGCCGGCGGGUGCUGCCACACCUUCACCGAGAAAGGCUUCGAGUUUGACGUUGGGAUCCACUACAUCGGCGAUCUGUUGGAGCACAAGCCGUUCCGCUGCAUGCUGGACCAGAUGACCAACGGGCAGCUGCAGUGGGUACCCCUGGACAACCCCUUUGACCAGGUGGUGCUCGGGCCACCGGAGAACCGGCGGGUGUACCCCAUCUACAGCGGGAAGGACCGCUUCCCUGAUGAGCUCAAGCGUCUCUUCCCCGGCGAAGACCAGGCCAUCGACGAGUACAUGAGGCUGGUCAAGAAAGCAGGAAGAGGCAUCUGGAUGCUGGCCUUCCUUAAGAUCUGCCCCCUCCCUGUGGCCAAGUUCCUGGUGUACACCGGCCUGGCCAACCGCCUGUCAUUCUUCUUCAAAAUGUCGUCCCGCAGCCUCACGGAGGUGGUCAACGAGCUGACGGAGAACAGGGACCUCCGGGCGGUCUUCGCCUACAUCUUUGGAACCUACGGAAACAUUCCAAAGGACACCAGCUUCUCCAUGCACAGCCUUCUGGUCCGCCACUACUGGAACGGCGCCUGGUACCCCAAGGGCGGGGCCAGUGAGAUCGCCUACCACAUGAUCCCCAUCAUAGAGAAGGCGGGCGGGGCUGUUCUGGUGCGGGCCCCCGUCAACCGUAUCCUGUUCAACAAGGCCAACGAAGCCUUUGGUGUGAGCGUGAUGAAGGGGCAGGAGGAAGUCCACAUCCACGCCCCCAUGAUCAUCUCCAACGCCGGCAUCUUCAACACCUACCAGAAGCUGCUGCCCAAAGAGCUCCAGGCAAUGCCAGCCAUCCAGGAGCAGCUGGGCAUGAUGAAGAACGGCGAGGGGGGCCUGAGUAUCUUCCUGGGUCUCAACGGAACCAAGGAGGAACUGGGCCUGGACGCGCAGAACUACUGGGUGUUUGCAGAGAACAACUAUGACGAACUGGUGGAGGCAUACUCCAAGGGGGAGCGGGAGGAGUCCGCGAGGAAGAUUCCCCUCCUCUUCCUGGCCUCGCCGUCGGCCAAAGACCCCACCUGGGAGGAGCGGUCCCCAGGCAAGUCCACGCUGAGUCUGGUGAGCUUCGCCAAGUACGAGUGGUUCGAGGAGUGGGUGGACGACAAGGUGGCCAACCGGGGGCCCGACUACAAGGACCUGAAGCAGACCUUCAUCGACACGGCCCUGGACGUUGUGAUGGACGUCAUGCCCAAGAUCACCAGGGACAAGAUUGCGUUCGUCGACGCCGGAACACCCGUCACGAACAACCACUACAUCGGAGCGCCGAGGGGAGAGAUCUACGGUGCCGACCACGGCAUCGAGCGCUUCAGCGCUAAGCUGAACGCCACCAUCAGACCGCAGACGCCGCUGAAGAACCUCUACCUGACAGGCCAGGAUGUGUUUGUGUGCGGCUUCGCCGGCGCCCUGGCCGGGGCGCUGACCUGCGGCUCGGUGGUCCUGGGUCGAAACCUGCACCUGGACGCCAUCGGUCUGGCCAAGAAGGUUAAACUCAUCAAAGUCAAGGACGACUAGCCAACCACCUCACCCAUUGUUAUUACAAACACUGUAAGGAAGGGUGGAACAGACCAUAAUACUCUAAUGCAUGAGAGAACAGACCAUGAUACUGUAAUGAAAGGUUGAACGGACUGUGAUACUUUAAUGAAGAGGGAAAAGGCCUUAAUAAUGUAAUGAAUGGGAGAACAGACCAUAAUACUGUAAUGAAAGGUUGAACGGACUGUGCUACUUUAAUGAAGAGGGAAAAGGCCUUAAUACUGUAAUGAAUGGGAGAACAGACCAUAAUACUGUAAUGAAAGGUUGAACGGACUGUAAUACAUUAAUGAAGAGGGGAAAGGCCUUAAUACUGUAAUGAAUGGGAGAACAGACCAUAAUACUGUAAUGAAUGGGAGACUGAAGGGGAACAGCACGUGCUCACAGCCGCCUUAUUUCUGGUGCGUUCGUUGAAAAGAAACGCGCAGAGCGCAAAGAAGGCUGGUUGAAGGGAAGCAUUGGGGACAAGAUAAGGGGGAUGGAUUUAGGGUCAGGGGCUGUUGGGUGUAGGGGUUAAUGUAGGAUGAAGGUGUUGGGUUUAGGUGGAGUUAUUAUUCAUGUCAGGGCUCAGGCUGUGAGUUUCUGUGCCCAGCCUGCCCUGUCCUUUAAGUCUCCUGUCAUUUAUCAAUGCACUUCACCAUUUGCAAGCCUUUUGUGUUUUUUUAUAUAUAUUUGAUAAUGUAAAGCUAUGCAUUAUGAUAAUAUGGAAAAGAGGAACGCUUGACAAUACUAAGGGUUGCCUGCUUCAUGUGUAGGUGCAAUUAUCAAUUUAUGCAUUAUGAUUGAGUGUAACUUUUAUAUUGGCACUGAUAUGGCCUGAUAACAAGGGGUGUGUAACAAUUCAUACACAAUUUUUGUGUCAUUACUCUACCUGUCACAGAUCAAAGAUUUGCAAUAAUGUGUUUUUAAUCAUUUCUGUCCAACAUGGUCAGAAAAAUGUGAGUGAUAUUGGUGUGUGAUAUCAUCAGCUUUAAUAAUAAAAAAUAUAUACAGUCGUCCAUGCCUAAAUAUUAUUGUUUUUUGUU